UGAAAUGAAAGCAAAGAUUGCAGAGGAAGAUCAAGAGUCCAGGGAUUAUGACGGAGAAAAGCUGACUGUUCCGUACAGACGGACCUUAACUAAUGGAUUCUGUAUAUUGAGCACAUACAUACAGGCAAAUAGGCAAACAGAAUAAAGAGGAAACCGAUUAAUUUUUCUUAUCCCAAACCCUGGCCCUUUUCUGCAUAUCGAGCAGAGGGCUGGUCAAGUUAGCAACCUAGCAAGCUCUUAACGGUGGAUAGCUAGCUUGUUAGUUAGGAGAGACGGACAAGAAACGAAGUGAGCGAGAGAGGUGAACCAUCAAGGAGCAUGUUGCCUUUACGAAAGGCUUUUGGCUUAUCCUUAAGUUUCGGAGGGGACUGAAAGUUGGAAAGACGAACUGGGACCAGAGUGUGGGAUUUAUCUGAAGAAUCGCUAGCCAGUUGAGAUGUUGUUGCUAUCGGAUCCGAUUCGCUGUUGUAGGAGGGGGUCAGUGUCCCGCAGCUGGUCGCAGUCAGUGCCGUGGAGACGAGGGGGGUUCUUUAUCCUAUUCCUGCUAAAAGCGGCCGUCUGCCACGCCAAUCCCAGCAGCCCUCCCGGUAUCAACAACAACAACAACCGACCCAGUGUCAACGUCUUUAUGAGCGAACAGGAGGUGAAGAAGCUUUUAGGUGUGGAAGCAGAGCUGUACUACGUGAGGGACGACGUGGUCAAUCACUACGCCCUGUCCUUCAUCCUGCCAGUGCCCAGCGAAACCAACAGCUUGUAUUUCACCUGGCACUCCCGGAACAAGGUGUACUACAGGCUGGGCUUCCAGGUGGAUAACCCUGCCGCCAUGAGCCUGCCCCAAAGCAACAUAUCAGCCCAGGGGGAGGUGCCUCGUGUUCGUUCAGUGUUCCGUGUGGACCUUUUCUGUUCGGGCAAAGAGGAUGCAGAGGUGAUCCUGACCGUGCAGCUUAACCUGACCAUACAUGCCAACAACUUCACCGUCCUCAACUUCAAGAGGAGGAAAACGUGCUACAAACGAAUUGAGCAGCUGGAUCCCAAGAUCCCACCGCAGUCCAACAAGACCCUCAGCAGGCCAGUGUUUGAGAGCAUGAACGCGGCCCCCACCACCUCCACCCGGGUCUUCUACAUCAGCGUGGGGGUGUGCUGCGCUGUCAUCUUCCUGGUUGCCAUCAUCCUGGCCGUACUGCACCUGCACAGCAUGAAGAGGGUGGAAAUGGACGACAGUGUGAGUGACAGUGGCAGCUCCCAGGGCCUGUCCCAGCCCUCCACCCAGACGACGCAGUACCUGAGGGCGGACACUCCCAACAACGCCACCCCUGUCAUCAACACUCAGCCUGGUUCUGCGCCCAUUCUUCAGCUUGCUGCCGCCUCCUUCCCCAACCCUGGCACCCCCUCCCACCAAACCAAAAUCUACCCAUCGCUGCGCAUUGAAAAGAAUGACCUGAGGAGUGUUACCCUGCUGGAGGCUAAGGCCAAGGUGAAGGACAUUGCCAUCUCCCGGGAGAGGGUGACGCUACGCGACGUUCUGCAGGAAGGGACGUUUGGCCGUAUCUUCCACGGCGUGCUCCUCGACGACAAGGAUCCCAGCAAGGAGAAGCAGGUGUUUGUGAAGACAGUGAAAGACCAUGCCUCAGAAGUGCAAGUGACCAUGAUGCUAACGGAGAGCUGCAAACUGCGAGGCCUCCACCACAGGAACCUGCUUCCCAUCAGCCAUGUGUGCACGGAGGAUGGGGAGAAGCCCAUGGUACUGCUGCCCUACAUGAGCUGGGGGAACCUCAAGCUCUUCUUGCGGCAGUGCAAGCUGGCUGAGGCCAACAAUCCGCAGGCCGUCUCCCAGCAGGACCUGGUCCACAUGGCCAUCCAGAUUGCCUGUGGGAUGAGCUACUUGGCCCGCAGGGAGGUCAUCCACAAAGACCUAGCAGCCAGGAACUGCGUCAUUGAUGACAGCAUGCAAGUGAAGAUCACAGACAACGCCCUGGCCCGGGACCUCUUCCCCAUGGACUACCACUGCCUGGGGGACAACGAGAAUAGGCCCGUCCGCUGGAUGGCACUGGAGAGCUUGCUCAACAAUGACUUCUCCAGCGCAAGUGACGUGUGGGCGUUUGGAGUCACACUGUGGGAGUUGAUGACCCUAGGACAGACCCCCUAUGUGGACAUAGACCCUUUUGAGAUGUCUGCCUACCUCAAGGACGGCUAUAGAAUAGCACAGCCAAUCAACUGCCCAGAUGAACUGUUUGCAGUGAUGGCCUGUUGUUGGGCCCUUGAUCCUGAGGAGAGGCCUAAAUUUCAGCAGCUGGUGCAGUGCCUUACUGAAUUCCAUGCAGCCCUGGGGGCCUACGUCUGAAAUCGAGACCCAGGCUUUCCGAAGACCAACAAAGUUGGUGAACAGUACUACCCUUGUGGAAUAUAUCAUCACAAAAAUAGUGCCUUGCUAAAGAAAAACUUUCAGACACCUGUUCUUAUUUUUUAAAAUGCUUAGAACUGUUUUAUAGGGAAGAGUUGUACUACACUACCAAUGCCUAAUUCCAGUGAAAUUUGGCAUUUCUUUCUGGUUUGGACAAGACCUCUGAAAGAACAAGCUGUGAUUGACACAACGUCAAAGUGCGGAUUUUCUGAGGAUUUCAAACUCCACAAGAGAGCAGUCCCUUCCUGCUGGAGAAGAUUUAAUAAUGACGUGAGAGCACCAUAUGCUUAAUUGCACAUAUAACAUUUUAUAAGACACCAAUGUUAAAAGAGUACAAGAAAGUUGCAGUCCUAUUAUU